CUCUCAAAAAAGUCACGGCCCUCACGGAGUGUUGUGCCCUCAAACUACUCUAAUCCCCAUGCUAUCUGCGGAUCCACCAUGUCCAUGGCCCCAUCUUCACAUCAUCUCCAUGUUCAGUGAGACAGAACAUGGACCCCCCCCCGGCGCUGCAGCUCUAGUAUCAACUGUCAUUCUCUUAGAGUACAACCUUCUUCUCACUGUUCCCACAUUUCUCACACAGGAUAAGUACGGUCCACUUCCCCAGCUCCUUCCUCUUUUUCUUUUUCUAUCAUCAACCACUACCGCCCUCCAUCAACAACCUCGAGAGUUUAGAAGCCUCGACCCGCCGCCAUGUCGGACAUCAAGGAUCUCAAGGACCUCAAGGCCGACCACCAAAGCAUUACUCAGGAUGAUCUCGAUAAGGAUACCGUUGCCGCCGUCAAGGUGGUAAUUGGUGAUGAGGCCUUCCAGCAGGCCAUGCUCAAGGAGCCCCCGCGCCCCUUCAGCUCCCACUCUUUUAUGCUCUACCUCGUCGUCGGUGUCGGCUUCUUCUGCUCUACCACCAACGGAUAUGAUGGAUCUCUCUUCGGCACCCUUCUCGCCAACGAAAACUUUAAGGGUUUCUUCCAUGUCGCCAACGCUGGCGCCUGGACUGGUAUCGUCACCUCUAUGUACCAAAUCGGCAGUGUUGUCGCUAUUCCUUUCAUCGGUCCCGCCAUUGAUACCUGGGGAAGACGCGGCGGCAUGUUCAUCGCAGGCCUUAUUAUCGUCAUCGGUGUUAUCAUCCAGGGAACUUGCAUCGCUACCCACAGCGUCGGUCAGUUCAUGGGCGGCCGUUUCCUCCUCGGUUUCGGUGUCGGGAUCAUCGGGUCCGCUGGCCCAACCUACGUCGUCGAGAUGUCCCACCCAGCUCACCGUGGUGUGACGACCGGCCUCUACAACGUCUUCUGGCCCGUCGGAGCCCUCGUUGCCACUGGUGCCGCCCGCGGUGGCCUCACGUACACCGGCAACACCCAGUGGCUCAUCCCAGUGUGGCUCCAGAUGAUGUUCCCCGGUCUCAUCGUCCUCUUGGCCUGGUUCCUCCCCGAGUCUCCCAGAUGGAUGUACGUCCGCGGCCGAGUCGUCGAGGCACAGGCCACCCUCACCAAGUACCACGGUCAGGGCAACCCCAACAGCGAGUGGGUCAAGCUGCAGAUGAUGGAGUACGAGACUCACUUGGAGAUCGAUGGUACCGACCGCACCUGGUGGGAUUACCGGGCGCUCUUCCGCGAUCGCGCCUCCCGUUACCGCCUCCUGAUGAGCUGCAUCAUCUCCCUCUUCGGGCAAUGGGCCGGAAACGGUAUCGUAUCUUACUACCUCAGCAAGUUCCUCGACACUGCUGGUAUCCGCGGCCAGACCACCCAGAUCAACGUCCAGCUCGGUAUGAACGCCAUCCAGAUCGUCUUCGCCGGCUUUGGUGCCACCCAGGUUGACCGCUUUGGUCGCCGCCCCAUGCUGAUCUGUGUCAACCUCGCGUGUUGCUUGUGCUGGGUCGGUAUCACAGUCGCCACCUCCAUCGCCAAUGUCCAAGAGAACAGUACCCCGGAGUAUCUCGCCAGCAUCCCCAGCCCUGUCUCCAAGGCCGUCCUCGCCUGGGUCUACAUCUUCCAGAUCUGCUACUCCUUCGGCUGGACCCCAAUGCAGGCUCUCUACCCCGUCGAGGUCCUCUCCUUCGAGAUGCGCGCCAAGGGAAUGGCCUUCUCCAACUUGUUCACAUCCAUCGGCCUCCUCGCCAACCAGUUUGGUGUCUCCGUCUCCCUCGUCAACAUCGCCUGGAAGACCUACAUCGUCUUCUUGGUGUGGUGUGCCGUCCAGGCUGGUCUCAUCUGGUACUUCGUUCCCGAGACCAAGAACCGCACACUCGAGGAACUCGACGCCAUCUUCCACUCCAAGAACCCCCGCAAGGCCUCCACCGAGCGCAAGAAGCUCGAGCUCGAUGUCAACUCCAACGUUAUCCACGUGGACAACGUCGAGAAGACGGGCCUUGCAGCCAUUCUUUGAGCGUGCUGAUUGCUUUUUGCGCCAGCCGCUUUCUUGGUGUAGUGUGUUGUUUAGAUAGAUAGUCGGAGAGAUACAUUCCUUUGGAUGAGUGCGACUUUACUUAGGAAGUUUUAAUUGGAAAUGUGUUCUCCUA